AGCCUCGGGGUGCGUUUAAUAUCACGCAUGCGCAUUAACAUACCGGCGACGACUGUAGAAACAGUGGCCUAACGAAUAAGGGGAUUACGGAGCCCAAUCUGACAGGCUACACAAUGAGUCAGGGUAAGGACAAUGCGAGACUCAAGAGCUACAAGAACAAAUCUCUCAACACAGAUGAGAUGAGAAGAAGGAGGGAAGAGGAAGGCCUGCAGCUCCGCAAACAAAAGAAGGAUGAACAACUUUUUAAAAGAAGAAAUGUUGCCACAGUGGGAGAUGAUGGGGUCUUGGAGGACGAUGGAAUGGCAGAUAGUGGCUUCCUGGAAUCCCAGGCCAACAACUUGGAUCCACAUGUGGGUGGGGUGAUCUCUGAUGACAUGAUUCAGAUGAUCUUCUCCAGUUCGCCUGAGCAGCAGCUAAUAGGCACUCAGCACUUUAGGAAACUUCUUUCUAAAGAGCCCAACCCACCUAUUGAUGAAGUUAUUGCCACUCCAGGAGUGGUGGAGCGUUUUGUUGAGUUCCUGAAGAGAAGAGAAAACUGCACAUUGCAGUUUGAGGCUGCUUGGGUAUUGACCAACAUUGCUUCAGGUACAUCCCACCAGACACGGGUUGUAAUCCAGGCUGGAGCUGUGCCCAUAUUCAUUGAGAUGCUCGGCUCAGAUUUUGAAGACGUACAGGAACAGGCAGUGUGGGCCUUGGGAAACAUAGCAGGCGAUAGCACAGAAUGCAGAGACUUUGUCAUAGACUGCAACAUCCUUCCUUCCCUGAUGCAGUUAUUGGCCAAACAAAAUCGUCUAACCAUGAUGAGGAAUGCAGUGUGGGCACUGUCAAACCUGUGCAGAGGAAAGAACCCACCUCCAGACUUCACCAAGGUGUCUCCAUGUCUCAGUGUGCUAUCUUGGCUGUUGUUUGUCAAUGACACAGACAUCUUAGCCGAUGCAUGCUGGGCACUCUCCUACCUAUCUGAUGGCCCCAAUGACAAAAUCCAGGCUGUUAUUGACUCAGGAGUCUGCCGCAGGCUGGUCGAAUUACUGAUGCACUCGGAUUAUAAGGUGGUAUCUCCUGCACUGCGGGCUGUUGGAAACAUAGUCACUGGAGAUGAUAUGCAAACACAGGUUAUUCUGAAUUGUUCAGCGCUGCAGUCCCUGCUUCACCUUCUGAGCAGCCCCAAGGAGUCCAUCAAGAAGGAAGCUUGCUGGACAAUCUCAAACAUCACUGCAGGGAAUCGGGCACAAAUACAGAUGGUGAUAGAUGCAGGUCUGCUACCUCCUCUCAUCACUAUCCUGCAAGUAGCAGAGUUUCGCACAAGAAAAGAGGCAGCGUGGGCCAUUACCAACGCCACCUCGGGGGGCUCUGCAGAGCAGAUACGGCAUCUAGUGGAACUUGGCUGUAUAAAACCUCUGUGUGACCUGCUCACACUCAUGGAUUCCAAAAUAGUUCAGGUGGCUCUAAAUGGCCUCGAGAACAUUUUGCGACUGGGAGAACUGGAGGCCAAAAGAGGGGGAGGCAUCAACCCUUAUUGUGCUCUCAUUGAAGAGGCCUAUGGUCUGGACAAGCUGGAGUUCCUGCAAGGCCAUGAGAACCAGGAAAUCUAUCAGAAAGCUUUUGACCUGAUCGAGCGCUACUUCAACACUGAAGAUGAAGACCAGUCUCUGGCCCCAGCUGUUGACAUGCAGCAGCAGCAGUUCUUAUUUCAGCAGUGUGAGGCCCCCAUGGAGGGCUUCCAGCUAUAAUGCUAAUUCUUCCCUUGUCUCGUGCUCCACCUUCAUCUUCACCUACCUUCACUUCUCUCGAUUUGUCCGCAGGCAAGAUCCAGGGUUAACACAACCCAUGGCCUCCUCUUUUCCUCCUCUUCUUGCUUUCAGAAAGGCGGAUUUAAUCAUAAUCAUUAUUAUAAAGAUAUAAUAUGACAGCACACGUCUGUGUGUACGUCCAACAUGGGUCAGUUUCUGCCGUCUUGUCAGCCAGUUUGUGAAGGUUUCAUUUAUCAUUCUGUUUUAUUGCGACUUCCUCAACAUCUAAACUCCCUUUUUACCUGCUCAGGCCCCAGUAUCUCCCACUAGCAGAUUGCCCUCAUAACACCACCCCUGUAUUACUUUAUGGAUUUCCUCCUCCGUUCUUGCAAAACAAAAAGCUCUUCUCUUUCAUCCCAAAGGGUUGGUAAGUGACAUCUCUGAGCCAGUGGGAGUAUUUGGACUGCACUGCUUGUCUGAAGCAUUAAUGACUCGCAUGACAGACAAACAUGGACGUAGUUUUCCCCCGCACCGUUUCCACACACUCACAGAGGAAUGAUCUAACCUAAGCACUGGACUGACCAUGAGACGUUGACCACAUGUUUGUGUCACUGGGACUGUGUCACAGGACUCAACUGACCUUUUUGAAAGGCGCUUAAACAAGUCAAAAAUGGAGGCUGAAUCCUCUGUCCUCUUCUCUCUAACAACAGAUGGACUAAUUAGAAAUUUGACUGUCACUGAGGGUUGGCGCUUGUCAGUGACAAACCAGGCUGCUCGCAUUCCCACCUGGAUCUCAUAUCAUUCCUCUAACCAGUAUUGGGAUGUUUCCACCUGCACAGGCUCCAUCCUCAAGAAUUAAGACUGCCUUUUGGUGUGAUGUGAAUUACCCCAUGGAACCAUGGGAAUUGGAGUCUUCCCUCGCACUGAGACGAUUGGACGGACUUGGACAGAAUAAAAUAGACUAUGAUUCUGGAUUCUGUCCAGCAGCAAACCAGUGGAAAUUUUUAUUAUCAUACCAUAAUUUCAUUUCAUUUGCAGCACUUUAGUUCUGGACUGAUGCCUGCUCAUCAACAAUAUUUUCUACAUUACUUAGCUAUUUAAUUCGUUGAUGACACAGCUCUUCCCUCCUCAGGAAGCAAGGCGCAAAGAGGGGUGGUGUGUAUCCUCUGCCCCCUACUGGCAUGUCAUAGAUAACACUGUUUACCCUUCCAAGAAAGGGACUGCAGCAAAUUGUGAACUGAUGCUAUCAGCACACACCACAAUCAGAUCAUGUUGCCUCUGCAAAACUAAAAGAACUUCAUUCUAAGUAACAAUUGGAUGUUUAGCAGUGAGCAGUCCAAAAUAUGUUCAGGUAGUAUUUUCCUUUUCAUUAUGCCAAAUCAACACACGCAUCAGCUAUUAGGCUUCAAGUUUUGUAAUUUCUACCUUUCUAAUUUGGGGGUUAGCAUCAGUCAUGUAGCUGAUGGUGCCAUAAUCCUUGUUCAACAGCAAUCCUUCCAGAUAAUUUCAGCAAAGAUCCAGAUAAAAACUUGAAAAUCCUGGUGAUCACCUUAGUUAGUACAACUGAAUGUUUGUUUACCAAGUCUUUAAAUUGCAUACUUUUGUCAAAGUCUCUGCAAGAGAUGACCAGCUCUACAUGUUAAUUACUGUUUGUUGUAUUGAGUUUGUGCGUCUGUCUCAUGUUGCGCCAUUUGCAUAAAAACUGUUUCAUGAACUCCUACAGUGUUAAAUUAAUCAGUUCUAUUUAAGUUGGUGAAAACAAUUUUUCUUUAGCCAAAUUACGAUUUGCAGUCCUUUGGUUUGAGAUUAGUGUGAACAGUGGUGUGAAAAAUGCCCCCCCACACACACUUUCCUGAUUUUUGAGGUUUUUACAUGUUUGUCACACUUAAAUGUUUUAGUUCAUUAAACAAAUUUAAAUAGUCAAAGACGACACAAAUAAGCAAUAGUUUUUAAAUGGUUUUUAAGGGAGAAAAUAAAAAAAUCCAAACCUAUAUGGCCCUGUUUGCAACAAGAACAUUGAGGCUUGUCUCAAUUUUGCCAGAAAACGUCUUGAUGAUCCCCAAGACUUCUGGGACAAACGUAGGACGAGAAAAAAGUUUAAUGUUUUGGAAGGUGUGUGUCCCAUUACAUCUGUCAAAAAAGUAACACUGCAUUUCAGAAAAAGAACAUACCAUCAGUAAAAUAUGGUGGUGGUAGUGUGAUGGUCUGGGGCUAUUUUGCUGCUUCAGGACCAGAAAGACUUGCUGUGAUAAAUGGAACCAUGAAUUCUGCUGUCCACCAAACAGUCCUGAAGGCCAACGUCCGGCCAUCUGUUCAUGACCUCAAGCUGAAACGAGCUUGGGUUCUGCAGCAGGGCAAUGAUCCAAAACACACCAGCAAGUCCACCUCUGAAUGGCUGAAGAAA